CUACCACCCAAAAAUAACCACAGUUAAAAUGUUGGUAUAUAAUUUUCCAGAUGUUAAUACAUGUAUACAUAUAGUUGUAUGCUCUUAAUAACAAAUGAAAUCAGAGAAAGAUAUUUUUAAAAGUUAAAAACUUUUUCUUAAUUUCCCGUUGAACCCCACAUCCCAGAGAUAACGAAUGUUAAGAGUCUGGUGUACAUCCUCCCCCACUCUGUUCUCCAAGAUUAUAGAAACAUAUGCAAACGUAUAUAUACGAUUUUUUGUAAAUUUUACAAAAAUGGGAUAAUAGAAAACAUUACUUAUUUAGCUUUACAUGCACUUAUGUCAUUCAGUCCUAAUCAGACGCACAGUUUAAUAAGUGGCAAAGUAGGACUUAACCUGAGAUCUUUCUGGUCUAUCUUGUUGGUUUCAGAAAGUCAUUGGAGGUUUUAAAAGACAUACUCAGAUUCUUCUGAUGACAGAGUAUGGCAGAAGCCAGAGCUGAUGUCAGAGGGCUGUCAUGGUGGCGCAAAAAAAAAUGAGGGGACUGGACUAGGAUUGGGAGGGUGGAGGUAGACAGAUUCAAGACUCGUUUUCUGGAGGAGGCGGGGCCAGUAUUUAUACCCAUUUAGAGUGACUGGGUUGGUCAGCCCUGAGCCAAUAGAGUAUGGGGCUCCACCCGUGGCUCCACCCUCUUGCUCCAGGGAUUACCCGAAGCCCCUGAAGGGUUGGCGGCUAUUUCCUGUUCUAGAAUAUUCCGUGCCUAGCAGAGGGCUCCCCUGGCAUGGGACAAACCAUUAUGGUGGGGGAAACACUUUUUUACUUGAUUAUAAGAGCUUCAUUUUCUUGGCUCUAAGUCUUUUCUGACCACUCUUGUUUCUUCCCCCUUUCAAGGGCUUUCAGUCACAUGGUGGGUUCCCUUACAUCCUGUGGAGGGGCAGGGGACUUCCUCACCCACUCCCUCCUAUCCCCCCCCUGCAGUCUACAGAAAUUGGACCAGUCCGAGAGUAAAAGCCUCAAGGCUUGUCCCCAGACUUUCCUUUCCCUGGAGCCCUGGGAAGGAGAGAGGGUCUGUUCUCUCUUUGAGCCUGGUGGGUGGGCGUGCUUGGCCCAUACUUCCUCAGUCCCCUGGCUGAAGAGCACCCGCAAAACCACUAAGGCCCUACGCCAUCAUGGCCUUGAAACCCGACGACCCUUGUGGUGGGUUCCAGCAUGGCAAGGUGGUGGCCUUCAUCAACGAGAAGAUGGCCGAGCACGUGAGAGGCCCUGAGUUCUACCUCGAGAAUAUGUCCCUGUCCUGGCAAGAGGUGGAAGACAAGCUCAAGGCCAUCCUGGAGGACAAAGACAUGUCCAGGCAGGCCAAGGAGGCCUGUACCUGGGGCGGCCUGGCCCUGGGCGUGCGCUUCGCCCACAGGCAGGGGCAGUUACAAGGGCGCAGGGUGCAGUGGCUGCACGACUUCGCCAAACUGCACAAGUCGGCCGCGCAGGCCUUGGCCUCAGACCUGAAGGAGCUCACAGCGCAGCAGGAGAUGGAGCGGAAGGAUGCGGCCUUCCGGCUGCGGAUGGCCCAGGCCAACCUCGCCGAAGUGCAUAAAGAGCGGGACCUGCUGAGAUGGAAGCUCCUCCAGGCCGAGCUGAAGUAUCAGGAACAGGUCAAAGCCCGAGGGGCAGGGGCUGGGACAGACGGAGCAGGUGAGGAGGAAGAGGCAGCGAUGGCGGCGGCUGCUGGUGCUGCUGAAGGAGGAGGAGGAGGAGCAGGAGCAGGAGGAGGAGGAGGAGGAGGAGGAGAGAAGAGGGGUGCCGAGGCAGGGGCUACCGCCACAGAGGCUCCAGAGGAUUUUGAUGGAGGCUUCCUGCAGCUUCUCGGAGCUAUGGAGAAAAAUUACACCUCUGGAGGGCAGAGGGAGGGAGAUCACAGGUCAGUGGAAACAACGUUUUCUUUGUCUGGGACCCAGGAGCCCCAGGCCAGCACCUCACUGGAGCCCCUUCCUGUCCAGCUCCCUGCCUCAUUCACAUACACAUACUCAUGCCCUUUGUCCCCCUUCUCUUCUGGACCCACUCUAUCCCCACCAGCAGCAACGGUCACACCACCACCACCUCCACCUCAGAUGCCUCCCUCCUGGGGGGGCUAUGAUUCUAGUCUGUGGUCUGAUGUGGGGUUCCAGGGAAUAGACCCUCCAGAACUCCAAAGAGAGAGGAGAGACUCCGAACCCCAUCACCAGGGAAGAACUCCAGUAUUUCGCAGGCCUGGAGACUGGGACUGCCCUUGGUGUAAAGCUGUGAAUUUUUCACGGAGGGAAAUUUGCUUCCGCUGUGGGAGGGGAAUCUGGCUGCAAAGCCCUCAGUGAAUCAAUGAAUUCAGAAAUGGGAAAUAGAAGGGAAAUAUAUCCCAAAGGGAAAUCAAU